UGAGCAGUUUAAGUACUCGGCUUGCGGUGUUAAUCGCUCUACAAGCGGCGGGUGCAGGGUUGGCCGCACCAAGCGUACUUGUCACUCGCCUUCGCUCCAGAAUUGACCGACACUGGCUGCCUAUAGACAAUCAGACGCUCUACAAAUUGGACAGAGGAGAAAGUAAAAGCCUCGAGUUGAACACUUCGUUAAUAUCAGAGUCCCACGUUUUUAUUACCGUCAGUCCGUGCUCCUCUUCGUUCCACUGGGGGCUGUAUAGAGGAAGUGUGGUCGACAAUGAAGGAAAUUUAAGUCUACUACAAGAAUAUGAAGGGACAGAUAUGAAAACAUUUUCAUUACUUAUACGACGACAAGAGAAAUAUAUCCUACAGUUAUCUUCAUCUAAUGGUGGGACGGUGGCGGUGAGUGUGCGAGGCGAGUCCAUAAGACGGGUUCGGCUACGACUACGGGUGCGAUCGCGGCGGAGGCUUUCCGCCAAUUGGGAUCCAAGUCCAAUAGAUCCGCAGUCAACGACAUACUGCGUGGUUGCAUCACACAGAAAGAAUUACACUUCUCUUUGCGCUGCCCAAAUCGAUGUCAGAGCGAGCCGUUUAGAAAAUAAAGCGUCUCGUUUCAACUCUGAAGAAAAUAGAUCGAAUCCAGAAAUGGAUAGCUCGAAUCAACGGGAAUCGAGCAAUGCGACCCACAGUACUUCAGUUGAGAUCGACAACAAAGUAGAACUGGACAUAGAUGGAUUUAACAUUUACGAAGGCAACUUUAAAAACAUUUAUAGGAAGAAAAAGUUCGGUCGAAGUACCAAAGUUAGCAGUGUAGAUCCUCUAAUAGCUUGUGUCGGCGAGAGAACUCACCAUGUUAUAGAAAACCUGGAUCCAAGUAUAACUUAUUUCGUGAGCAUAUUUGGUGUGUCGAGAGAUAGAAGGGCUGGAUCUCUUCUAGCCACGGGCAGCGUCCGACCUCGCACGUCCACCGCUAAAAGACUGCGCGAAAACGUACCUUUGAGAAAUGAAAUCAGAGGGAAAACUGUUUACUAUUUCAAGGCAGGAGUAGGAGUGGGGGGCGGGAUUUGGGUCGCAGUCUCUUCUUGUGGCGGAGCAGUCGAUAUUGAAGUGUUAGUAAGAGGAAAACGGCUGUACAUGGCUAAAAGCAUUGAACCACAUUCGAAGUUCUUCGUGGCUGCACCGAUGAUGACGUCAUCAAUCCAAGAGACCAGUGACGAAGGUUCAGUUCAGUUUGACUCCAGUUCUGAAGAAACUAAACUCCGUUACGUCAUACGUGUCGUGCCCAGCAAAUGGAAUAGAGAUGAAAGUGUUAAUGUUGAGUUGGUUACUUCUACAACAAGAUGGGGUAUCAGUUCCCCCGAGCUGUUUGACGAAGGAGGUAUUGUGAGAGAGUUGCGGCCGCGGCGUUCUUGCAAGUCUGUUGACAUUGCUUUCUUACCGGCAAUACAUAACGCUACGAGUGGAAUAAAAUAUUGUAUCGUAGCACGCGAGAGUCCAAGCAGAGAAAACAUUUGUAUGACCACAAGGAAAACAAAAUCACAAUGCGUCAAUCACGUGCAAAGAACACCAACGAGGGUCAUAACCAAGAAGGUGACAGGAUUAAAGCCGGGAAGGAAAUACGGUAUCCAAGUGACAGCAUCGAACAAAGGAUCUUCUGUCCCAUACAAUAUUCUAUAUGUGGACACCAACGCGUCUUGUAAAGAAGAAUGAACUAUCACCCAACAAUUGUCUUACGACUACUAACCGGGCGCACACCUUAGACUAAACUAUCGCAUAACUGUUGUGUCAGUGUGAAUUGUUUCGCAGACAAUUCAACUGUUUGGUUGCAUGACUAAAAUCGAGUAGUGUGUAUGGAGAUGCCAUAUAAGGUUAUGGUAAUCAAAGCGAGACUAAACAAUUGUGCGAUAGUUUAGUCAAAGUUGUACAAAAGCUCUAAAACUUGGCCUUAUCAUUAAAGAUGCUGUGGAUAUUUAAAGUCGUUUCAGUAAUCUGCCGAUAGUUAAUCAGUAUUAUAUUUUACAAUUAAAGAUUUUCAAUUCGAUCACGAAAUCAGAUAUCUAUGUACAUUGAUAGAAAUACAAAUGACUUUUUCUGCUCUUUUAAUAAAAUUCGAAUCAUUUUAUUCUAUGUUAGAUGUAUCAAAUAUUAUUUUGAAUAGAAGAAAUGUGAGU